GCGGCUAGGGUUUUAGGGUUUUCUUCUCCGCUCCCCGCCUCCCCCAUUCGCACGCCCCCUGUCCCAACGCAGCUACCCGACGGUCUCCAUGGCGAAGAAGGGGCCGAAGAGCAAGCUGCAGCAGCCGCCGCCGCCCGCGGGGAAGAAGGGGAGCAAGGAGGCGCCCCCACCGAAGGCGGCGAAGAGGGUGCCCAAGAAGCAGAUGCUUCUCGAGUCCGACGACGACUCAGAUACGGAGCAGCAGCACCUCCAGGAGGAGGACUCCGACAUCGACAUCCCCUCCGAUUCCGACGCCGAGGAGCUCUCUGGGUCGGACGCUGAGCUCUCAGGCUCGGACGCCGAUGCUGACGGUGGCUCCAGCAGCGGCAGCGGCGACGAGGGGGAAGAGGAUGAAGAAGAGGAGGAGGAGGGAGAUGAUGAUAGCGAUGAUGACCCCCUUGCGGACGACUUUCUUGCUGAUAGUGACGAAGGAAGCGAGGGUGGUGACUCUGGAGUGGAGUCUGAUGACCUCGAGGCCAAGUCACGAGCAAUUGAUGAGCGGAAGCUGAAGGCGGAAAAAGAUGCAGAUGAGGAACUUAAAACCAACAUAAGAUCAGAAUCUGAUGAGUUCAGAUUACCAACGGCCGAGGAACUGGAGGAAGAGGCGCAUUUACCACCUAACCUACCAAAUCUCAAAAGGAGGAUAUCAGAAAUUGUCCGAGUGCUCUCAAACUUCAACAAGCUGAGGCAGAAAGAUGUCCCACGAAAAGAUUAUGUCAAUCAGCUCAAAACUGACAUCAUGUCGUACUAUGGAUAUAAUGAUUUUCUUGUUGAAUCAUUGAUUGAGAUGUUUCCUGCUGUCGAGCUUGUUGAGUUGCUGGAAGCUUUUGAGAAAAGACCACCUGAGUGCUUGCGAACAAAUACGUUAAAGACCAGGAGGAGAGAUCUUGCUGCUGCUCUUAUACCAAGAGGAUUUAAUCUGGACCCGAUAGGCAAAUGGUCAAAGGUAGGAUUAGUUGUCUAUGACUCCACCAUUUCUGCUGGUGCAACAACUGAAUAUAUGGCUGGGCAUUACAUGAAACAAGGUGCAAGUUCUUUCUUACCAGUGAUGGCACUUGCUCCCCAGGAGAAGGAGCGAAUUGUUGAUAUGGCAGCUGCCCCAGGUGGCAAGACUACUUAUAUUGGUGCUCUUAUGAAGAAUACUGGAAUCAUCUAUGCAAAUGAGUUCAAUGAGAAAAGGUUGCACGGACUGUUGGGAAACAUCCAUCGCAUGGGUGUGACAAAUACCAUAGUUUGUAACUAUGAUGGUAAAGAGUUACCCAAAGUUCUCGGGAUAAAUUCGGUUGACAGAGUAUUGCUGGAUGCUCCCUGCACAGGAACUGGGACCAUUUGGAAGGAUCCACAAAUAAAAACAUCAAAGGGCAUUGAAGACAUCAGGAACUGUGCCUUUGUUCAGAAGCAAUUGCUGCUUGCUGCUAUUGAUUUGGUUGAUGCCAACUCCAAAACUGGUGGUUACAUUGUUUACUCAACUUGUUCAAUAAUGAUCCCGGAGAACGAGGCAGUGAUAGACUACGCACUUAAAAAGAGAAAUGUAAAGCUUGUGCCUUGUGGGUUGGAUUUUGGACGCCCAGGAUUCAUCCGGUACCGGGAGCAUCGGUUUCAUACUUCGUUAGACAAAACAAGAAGGUUUUAUCCUCAUGUCAACAAUAUGGAUGGAUUUUUUGUGGCUAAGCUGAAAAAGUUGAGCAAUACAAUUCCGGUGACAUCUGAGCCGUCAAAAGCAUCUGAAGGAGCAGCUGAGAAGGCUGAUCUUAGUGGGGAUGAUGAAGACAAGAAAGCUGUUCCUGAUGAACAAGAGAAAGGUGUCCCUGAUAAAGAUGAGAAAGCUGUACCGAUGAGAAAUCAUAAAGAUACUAAGAAGACUAAUAAAGGAACAAGCGUCGCGAAAGAGACUAAAGGUGUACCUGACAGGCUAGCAAAGCAUCCUAAGAACCAUAAGAAGGAUGCAAUGGAAACUGAUGGCCCUGAAAGCACGGAAACAAAUGGAGAUGGGAAAGAAGUGCACCUUGAGCAGACAAAGCAGAAAGGCCACAAAAGGAAGUUUGAUCCUGAUAGAACCAAGAAAUUAGGCCCCAAGAGCACCUCGGGUAUAAAACAGAAGAAACCAGUGAGUGACAAGAAGCGAAAAAAGAAGUGGCAAUUCAAGCUGAGGCGAGACUGGGAAGCUGAAAAGAAGUCUGACAAGAGGAGGAAAGUAUGAAGCAGAUAUAGAAAAUCAGACGUUAGCACAUCCUAGUGAAAUUUGAUGUGCUAUACACUAAAAUUUUGAGCGAGCAUGAGUUUUCUGCCAUGGCAAGUUUUGUGUACGAAGUAGCGAUUGUCAUUUGUUACUUUUAAUCUUGAUUCAAUGUACGGGUAGGCAUCUUUGUAUCUGUAAUGAGUGACAUCUGCCAUCUGGCAUGGAAACUGAAGCAAAUUAUCGUGACGAAUGCUAUGUAAGCCGAGUCAAUCCUGCUGCUUGAGCAGGUCACAUGACGCUGAAAAGUUGGCUCUAUGAUAUGUGCUAUAAGGUGAAAGCAUUUGUUUUCGAA